UAUUUCCCAGUUCUCUCUCUCUCUGUCUUUCUUUCCCAAGAAAGCUCCAAAGAGAGAGUGAUCUCAGAUUCAAUUCAACCAUGGCGGAAGAAGCUAAAGCUAAAGGAAACGCUUCUUUCUCUUCCGGUGACUUCACCUCCGCUAUACUUCACUUCACGGAAGCCAUCGAUCUUUCUCCAACCGAUCACGUCCUCUACUCUAACCGUUCCGCUGCUCACGCUUCACUUCACCAGUACGCCAAUGCUCUCUCCGACGCGUAUGAGACAAUUAAACUCAAACCUCACUGGCCUAAAGGUUACAGCCGUUUCGGAGCUGCUCUCCUAGGGUUAAACCAGUUCGAUUUGGCUGUAACGGCUUACAAGAAUGGUUUAGAUAUCAAUCCGACGAACGAGGAGUUGAAAUCGGGAUUGGCUGAUGCGGAGGCGUCUGUUUACAAGAAAGAGAGAGCCAAAAAGGAGAACGAGCUUGGGAAUGCUGCGUACACGAAGAAAGAAUUCGCAGUUGCCAUUGAGCAUUAUUGUAAAGCCAUUGAGAUUGAUGAUGUAGAUAUCUCAUAUAUCACAAAUCGUGCUGCUGUUUAUCUUGAAUUGGGAGAGUACAAUGAGUGCAUUAAGGAUUGUGAUGAGGCAGUGGAAAGGGGUAGAGAUCUUAGUACAGAUUACAAGAUGGUAGCUAAAGCUUUGACUAGGAAAGGGACUGCUUUGACCAAGAUGGUGAAUUGCUCGAAAGAUUAUGAACCUGCUAUUGAAGCUUUCCAGAAAGCUCUUACAGAGCAUCGAAACUCUGAUACAUUGGAGAGACUGAAAGAGGCAGAACGAGCUAAGAAAGACUGGGAGCUGAAGGAGUAUUUCGAUCCCAAGAUCGGUGAUGAAGAGCGUGAAAAAGGUAAUGAUUUUUUCAAGGAGCAGAAGUAUCCUGAUGCUAUUAAACAUUACACUGAAGCAAUCAAAAGGAACCCGAAAGACCCAGAAGCAUAUAGCAACCGAGCUGCGUGUUACACUAAGCUAGGUGCAAUGCCUGAUGGACAAAACGAUGCAGAAAAGUGUAUUGAGAUUGAUCCAACCUUCUCUAAAGGAUACAGCAGAAAAGCUACAGUUCAAUUCUUCUUGAAGGAGUAUAACGAUGCGAUGAAAACAUACCAAGAGGGUCUCAAGCAUGAUCCGCAUAAUCAGGAACUUCUCGACGGUAUUAGUAGAUGUGUACAAGAGAUUAACAAGGCUAGUCGAGGUGAUCUUACCCCUGUAGAAUUGAAAGAGAGACAGGCCAAGGGGAUGCAAGACCCAGAAAUCCAGAACAUCCUCACAGAUCCUGUAAUGAGACAGGUACUGACCGAUCUUCAAGAGAACCUGAUCGCAGCACAGAGACAUAUGCAAAAUCCAAUGGUUAUGAACAAGAUUCAAAAACUUAUUAGCGCUGGGAUCGUCCAGAUGAAAUAGACUGACUCAGGAUAGCUGAACCAUUGAAAAUAUCCGUUUUUGUACAUUCAUUUGUUGCUCUUAUUAUAUCUUUGCAAUGUGCAACAAUUCCAAAUUAGUAAAAUUGCAAUCAUAUUUUCAAACUGUUCUGAUA